AUUACUUUCAAACGAUGGUUCCUUCUCCCAGUUACCGAAAACCACAACAAAACGGACCAUAGCGCUCGCUUCAGGCGUAUACGGGACUUUUCUUUUUGUCGAGCUAGUCGGUUGUUUGUAAGCUCCAGCUAUCUGCUGCAGAGCUGUGUUUCAUGGGAACUCAAGAGGGAGAGAGAGAUUGGGUUGAUGUGGCAAAUGAUCUUCUCACCAAGUGUCACAUAAACCUGAGGCUGAGGAAACUGACUGACUGUAAUGCAGAUGUUUUCAUUUCCUUGUAUGAGAACAUCCUGGGGGAGAAAGUUCCAGAUUAUAUUGCAGUACCACGCAGUCAAGAGGACAAUGUCCACAAUGUCCAGUCUGUGAUCGAUUCUCUAUCUUUGGAUUACCUGCAGAUUAGCCUCUCACAUAUUACAGGAGAAAAUGUUGUCAGAGGGGAUAAAGAAUCUAUUAAGAACCUAUUGGAAAUUUUUGAUGGCCUCUUGGAAUAUCUCAGUGAGGAGAUAAAUGAAGACUCACGGAAUGGUGAGGAGAAGAAUGGCAGUCUCAGUGAGGAUGUACCUGGUGACAUCAAUGAGCCACCAGGUUGUGAAGCCAAAAAGCAGAGGGAGACAAAACUGGAGGUGGCAUCCUUGUCAUCCAGUGUAGAAUCUGCCAUCCAGUCCAGUAAACAAUCCCUCCACUCCUGGAAUGGUGAGGAGGUGGGUUCAGCCAGUGAGCUCAUUGGACUGGGUGUCUCUGCGCGUACAUACAUAGACAAAAAAGAUGGACUGGCUGUCCCUCCCCAAACCUCAGAUGCAGUCACCACCUCUGCCAGAUGUGCUGUGGACAAUGAGGAAGCACCACAGACUGAACUGAUACACUCUGCCAUCGCACUACAGCCACCAAACCAGUCCAACACUCCCCACAGUCCCAUGAUAGGCCCUAUCUCAGCCGGCCAACUCCCCGCAGCUGCUGGUGUCAAAGAGCAGCACACAGAGGAGGAAGCCAGCCUCAUCACUACAGAGACCUCUAAAGUAGUAACUGAAACUAAUGGACUGCAGUCUUCUACCCAUUGCCAGUCACCUGCUGUGAGUGAGAAGUCUUUAAUCAGCCGGCAAAGAGCUGGGACAGAAGUGGAGGGGGAGACACUAGAGCCAACUAAUGGAGGUCCCAGGAGGGUUUUAUUCCGAACCCAGCCGGAUGUGCUCUUCCUCACCCUGCAGGAUGGAAUGACACCAACCACGCCUUCUCCACCAGACACUGAAGAGGAAGAGGAAAAUGAAGAGGAGCUGAGUUACACACAAAGAUUAAAGGACAGAAGGAUAGGUUACAGAGAAAGAACUGCCCUUAGCAGUAGCAGAGCACAGCAGGAAGAUUUUGAAGAGCCUCUGUCUUAUCAUCGAAAAAGGAACAAGCAGGCAGAACAAGAGUUGCAUGAAAUAUCCGAAAACCUGUCCUAUCGACUAGAGGAACUUGAUCAGAUGCUUAAACGAGUUCUGGGCGAAACUGGAGAGUCCAGUGAGGUCAGAGAGGAGGACAAGCAGUCGCACCACAGCGAUAGCAUCAUGGAGUGUCGCAGGACUUCCAGACAGCACACAGGAGCAGCUGAUCCUGAAUCUACCCACCGGACACGCUCCUUAUCCCCCUCCCCUCCUCGAGUCCGUCGCCCCCUGCAGGGACAGCUGGAGGAUGCCAUGGCACAGGCCCUCAGCUUGGAUGAUGGGAGACAGUCCAACCUCACAGUGUCUGAUCGGUCAAAGCAAGAAGAGCCUCACCACAGACCGUCUCACAGAAAACAUAGAAAGUAUCUCGAGAGUAAAGCCUACGAGGAGGAGUUGAAAAGAUAUGAAGAAAAAGAACGUGAAGAACUAGAUAAGGCACGUGUCAAAGCUCAGGAAGCUGAGCGAGAGUACAGAGAGGCCCUACUAAAGGAUAUUUCACCAGCACCCAGAGCGUCACCGGCUAAAUCGAAAGCUCGGCAUAAAUCACAACGUAACACACAGACCACACCAAGACAGAGACGGUUGGAGGCCCCUGGGAAAGCUCCGUCGAUGACAAUAAUGGAAAAUGAGCUUCUCCCAGUGCUCCGGGACGAGUUGCCUCACCUUCACAUCUCACCUCACACUCUGGGUCUAAUGUGGGAGCAGCAAAUGCAGCAGGUGGACAGACUCCACGCAAUGUCUUCCAAUCAGAGUCGGCAUUACAGCAAACUCUCCAGAGAGGUGGAAGAGGCCCAGAGGAAACACGACCUGUUGGUUGAGCUUGUUCGUAAAAAACAGGACCACAGCAGGCGCCUGAGAGACUUCAAAGAGCGAAUCCAGCAACAGAAGUCGACCCAGAACAGACUGAGGGAGCAGAGGCAGCAGAUAGCUCGCGCCAAGAAGUACCACGACGAUUACCAUGUUCAGCACCGAGCCCGCCUGAUGAGAGCUCGCACCAAGGAGGAGAGGAUGUUUCGGCAGCUGUUCGAGGAGGGUUUGGAGAUGCAGAAGAAUCGGUUGAGAGAGCAGAGAGCCUUCGCCAGGGAACAGCGACUGGAACAGCAGAGGCGACAGCAGGAUCAGAUAAAGUCCAUGGAGAACUACUACAAAGACCAGUUUUCACUCCUAGCUGAAAAACUUGCACAAGAGCGACAGGACAUCCAGGUUCGGAAAAAAGCCCAAGAAAAGGCUCUGCUGAAGAUGAAGCGAGAGCUGCGUUCCAGGAUGGAGCGUGAAAUCGGUGAACUGCAGCAGAUCAUCAUCCAGAACAAUGAGGACGACUACUUCCAGGAGCUGGAGAUCCAGAGGCUGCGUAAUCGGGUUCGGAUGGCUUCCUUCCAGUACAACACUAGCUAUCUGCACUGACUGAGGAAGACUCCGGUUUAAGUGCCACGUGGUGCUGGUUUGUAUCAAAGGAUAAUGCUACAAGAGACUUCCUGCUGUUUGCAACAAUGGUACGAGAACCUGAUGCAUGAACAGUACGAUCUCCUCAAGUAUCCUCCUUCAGAGAUUUGCACAGGAAAAGGAAACUCACUUUGCAAGAACUUGUACAAGUACUGAUUAUAGAUUACUGAUGAACUGAACACACUCUGACUAAAUGUAGCUAUUGGCUAGUUUGGCUAGCUCUUCCUCUCACCUCAGCUGCUGAUCUUAAGACACCUUGGACCAAGUCCCCUUCCUCUGUGGGUUUUUAAUACUUGAUAACUAAGAAUGUUUUAACUCCUUCACUGUGCAGUCUUUGUGUUGUUAAUGUAGCAAAAAAAAAAACUAGCAAAAUGUUCUUCCUCUUGCCAAAUAAGGACCACAGAUGCAAAGUUAAGUAUGAAUGUCACAAGACUUAACAUUUUACCUUUUAUGUGCGAGGUCUUCCUUAAUAUUUUAACCAUGCCAGUGGAUUAUUUAUUUUUUAACUUUAAUGUUCAGUUUUUAAAUUAACCUGAUUUACUUUCUAAUCACCAGGGUGACGAUAAUCAGUCUUUGACGCCUUCUUUUCCUCAGCACCAUUGUGAUUGUUUUUUUGUUUUGUUUUUUUAACCUCAGCUGAAUUUGAGCGCUUUGGACUGGUGCACAAAGGUUUCUCCCAACACUGUCUACUGACAUUGUGCAUUGUAUCUAUAAGCACACAAGUUGGCUGUCAACACGUAUUAAAUGUGUGAGCUCACCCUU